AUGAGCAUCUCCAUCCCGGAGGGGCUGCGGGAGCUGCUGCAGAGCUUCACCCUGGAGGUGCUGCGGAGCCAGCCGGCCGACCUGCUCGACUUCGCCCUCCGCUACUUCCAGCGCCUGAAGGCGGAGGCCGGAGGAGGAGGCGGGGGGCUCCCUCGGGGAGGGCCCGGGGCCCGUUGCAACGCCGGAGCCCCCGAGCGCGGGAGCAGCCGCCUGCAGCUCGACGGUGACCCCGCCGAGGGCCGCGGGGUCAACUUCUCGCCCGAGCCGCUGCCGAGCCCCUCUGAGAGCAGCGGCGAGGAAGACCAGGAGGAGGAAGAGGAGGAGGAGGAGGAGGAAUUCACCGCUCCAGUGAUUAACCGGUUCACAAGACGAGCAUCAGUGUGUGCAGAAGCAUAUAAUCCCGAUGAAGAAGAAGAUGAUACUGAAUUGAGGGUUAUUCACCCCAAAACAGAUGAUCAAAGAAACAGGCUGCAGGAAGCUUGCAAAGACAUUCUCCUGUUUAAGAACUUAGACCAGGAGCAGAUGUCUCAGGUCCUGGACGCCAUGUUUGAGAAGCUGGUGGAAGGAGGAGAGCAUGUCAUUGACCAAGGAGAUGACGGCGACAACUUCUAUGUAAUUGAUCAAGGGAACUACAAUAUUGUCGUGAAAUGCGACGGUGUCGGAAGAUGCGUUGGUACCUAUGACAACCGAGGGAGUUUUGGCGAAUUGGCUUUAAUGUACAACACACCCCGAGCGGCUACUAUCAUUGCUACCUCUUCUGGCACCAUUUGGGGUUUGGACAGAGUAACAUUUCGAAGGAUCAUUGUGAAAAACAAUGCGAAAAAGAGAAGAAUGUAUGAAAAUUUCAUUGAGUCGUUGCCCUUCCUUAAAUCUUUAGAACUUUCUGAACGUUUGAAAGUGGUGGACGUGAUAGGUACCAAAAUAUAUAAAGAUGGGGAACAAAUAAUAGCUCAGGGAGACACGGCUGACAGUUUCUUCAUUGUCGAAUCCGGAGAAGUGAAAAUAACAAUGAAAAGAAAGGGCAAACAGGACGUAAAUGGGAAGGAAGCAGUGGAAAUCGCCCGCUAUACCAGAGGACAAUAUUUUGGCGAAUUGGCACUUGUAACGAACAAACCACGAGCUGCCUCGGCCUUCGCGCUUGGCACGGUCAAAUGCUUAGUUAUGGAUGUACAAGCUUUUGAAAGGCUAUUGGGACCUUGCAUGGAGAUUAUGAAAAGGAACAUCGCCAACUAUGAAGAACAACUGGUUGCACUGUUUGGAACCAACAUGGAUAUUUCCGAGCCCAGUGUGUGAAGAAUGGAGCCAUCAUCACACAACCUGUGUAUGACAAAUAGCACAGUAGUGGUUAGCCCACUGAACAUACAUCUUCUCUUCCUGUAGAUGCUAAGCAUUGUUCUUGAUUCUACAGGGGCUUCGAUUUCUUUGCGCCCCUGUCUCAAUUAUUUUAUUUGCCUUUUUUCUUUUGUACAAAGUCAUUCAGACAUAUCGGUACAUGGAGUAGACAGAUUAUUCGAAGGGGCCUUCCUUAAAAGCAUUUGGUCCACCGGCACUUCAGCUUUCCAAGAACAUCAGGUUUAUAAGCCUUCGUUUGGCAAUGCACAACCUUCUACAAGCAGUCCCCAGCUUACAAGAGUUCAUUUAGUGACCGUUCAGAGUUAACAGCGGCACUGGAAAAAA